CUAAGAAAGUGCAAUAACUCCUCAUCAGCAGGCUCAUCUCUCUUCCAUUCAUUCUCUGUUUCGUUUUUCUUAGCUAUUCCCCAUGAAGAAGAAUAAACACCAACAGCCUCUCCUGCUGUGCUUUCUGCUGCCCGUUUUCCUCUUCUUCCAAUCCAUAUCGGCUGUUGAUUUCGUUUUCAAUGGCUUCAACUCCUCCGAUAUGUUACUCUAUGGCCUGGCCACCGUUGAAUCUCGUGUUCUAACGCUCACGAACAACACAAAUUUCUCAAUCGGUCGUGCUCUUUACCCAGAAAAGAUCCAGGCAAGAAAUCCAAAUUCUUCUUAUGUGUAUCCUUUCUCAACUUCUUUCAUCUUCUCGAUGAUUCCUUACAAGAAUAUUCCUCCUGGGCAUGGCAUAGUUUUCAUUUUUGUGCCCGUUACUGAAAUCGAAGGCGCGACGUCAGCUCAAUAUCAAGGCCUUUUCAACUUGACCAGCAACGGGAAUGCCAAUGACCAUGUCUUCGGUGUCGAGUUUGAUGUGUUUAAGAACGAAGAAUUCGAUGACAUAAGCGCCAACCAUGUUGGAAUCGACGUGAACUCCCUCACAUCAAAUGCCUCACACGAUGCCGGGUACUGGCCCGACGACCAAAGAAGCGACAACAACAGCAAGGCUGAUGAUGAGAAGUCAUUCAAGGAAUUGAAGCUGAAUAGUGGUGAAAAUUACCAAGUUUGGAUUGACUAUUCAGAUUCUUUGAUUAAUGUUACUAUGGCUCCGGCAGGCAUGAAAAGGCCUCGGAAGCCUUUGUUGAAUGUUUCUCUUAAUCUUUCUGAGGUUUUUGAGGAUAAAAUGUAUGUUGGCUUUACUAGUGCUACCGGAAUGUUAAUUCAAAGUCACAAGAUUUUGGCUUGGAGCUUUAGUAAUUCAAACUUUUCGUUAAGCGAAAAUUUGGUUACCACCGGUCUGCCAUCGUUUAUUCUUCCAAAGGGUUCAAUAUUUCGAUCGAAAGGGUUUAUUGCAGGAAUCACAGUGGGAGGUUUCUUCGUUGUUGGUCUUUGUGCUCUGUUUGCUCUGUUUUUGAUCAAGAGGAAGCGAAGGAGAGCUAGGGAGAGAGAGGAAAUGGAAGAAUGGGAAUUGGAGUAUUGGCCGCACAGAAUGUCUUAUCAAGAAAUCGAUGUGGCCACCAGAGAAUUCUCAGAAGAAAAUGCGAUUGGAAGUGGAGGGAAUGGGACGGUCUAUAAAGGUGUUUUAGCAGGAGGGGCAGAGAUUGCAGUGAAAUGCAUUUCGCAUGAAAAUGAUGGGGUGAGAGAGUUUUUGGCUGAAAUUUCAAGCCUUGGAAGAUUGAAGCAUAGAAGUUUGGUGGGGUUGAGAGGGUGGUGCAAGAGAGACAUGGGGAACUUCUUUUUGGUUUAUGACUAUAUGGAAAAUGGGAGUUUGGACAAGUGGGUGUUUGAAUGUGAUGACAGGAAGAUGUUGAGCUGUGAAGACAGAAUAAGGAUUUUGAAAGAUGUGGCUUCAGCAGUCUUGUACUUACAUGAGGGGUGGGAAGCAAAAGUCCUACAUAGGGACAUUAAAGCCAGCAAUGUGUUACUUGACAAGGACAUGAACGGAAGGCUAGGGGAUUUCGGAUUAGCCCGAAUGCACGACCAUGGUCAAGUGCCUAACACGACUAGGGUGGUCGGGACCAUCGGAUAUUUGGCACCUGAAGUGGUUAGUAGUGGGCGGGCAUCGGCUCAAACUGAUGUGUUCGGAUUUGGUGUCUUGAUUUUAGAAGUCAUGUGUGGGAGGAGGCCUAUAGAGGAAGGGAAGCCACCUUUGGUAGAUUGGGCAUGGCUAUUGAUGGGACAAGGGCAAUUAAUGAAUGCCCUUGAUGAGAGAUUGAAGGGACGAGGCGAGUUUGAUGAGGAAGAAGUGGACAGGGUGCUUCACUUGGGCUUGUUGUGUGCUUACCCUGACCCAAGUUCCCGCCCAACAAUGAGACAAGUAGUGAAAGUGUUGGAGGGGAACAAAGAGGUGGAGGAAGAGGUUGAAAGUGAGGAUAUGAAUGCAUAUUUGCUCCAAAGAAUGAAAUCCAUGGGUAGGUGGUCUGAGAUUCCACAAAAUUUUGGGUCUUCAUCACACCCAAUAUUUGAAGAUAUUCGCCAGUUCAAGUCUUCAUCCAUGUCUUUCUCUUGGUCCAAUACUAUGGCGGAGGGCAGAUGAAUCUGUCAUCUCAGAAGCAACGGAAGAUUUCCUCAAAAAUGCUUGGGGAUUGACUUCCAAACGUUGGCAAAUAUUCAUUUGGUAAGUUGCGGCAUGCUUUAUCACUCCAACCAAGAAGACGGCAUGGAUCGAGACAUGAACAUGGUGUCCAUUUGAACAAAAUAUUGAGGGAAUAGUUUUGAUUAGCUUAUACCAAAACUCAAAACCUUUCCAUUCGAUUAUAUAGAGGAGUUUGUAUCCAUUUAUACUUUGUAGUGUUAACUGUACUAUUGAAUUUACAGGUAAGAAAUGAUAUA